CUCAUCUUUUGGGGCUUUUUCUGACUUUCCCCUUUUUCUUGGGUGCCCCCCCCCUAACUUCCCUUGUCCCUUUCCUGCUGCCUUCCCAUAGUGUGACGAGUCCCCUGCUCCAACAAAAGGCCUGACGUGCCCACCUCGCUCCUUUUUCCUCCCUCCUUCCAACCCACGUUCCCUUCCCUCUCAUACUUCCCACUCUCCCUCCAACUGACCACCGCUUCACUCGUUCAGCGGGCAUUCCUUGAAUCCAAGAACGUUCGAAUCCUCUCAUCAUGAAGGGUUCCAUCUUCGCGGCUGCGGCCCUGGUGGGCUCUGCCAUGGCCGAUGCCCACCUGCACCGCCGCCAUGAGGCUAUUCACAACCGUCGCGAUGCCUCCAGCUCCGUCGUCGCCUCCGCCUCCCCCUCCUCGCUGGCCCCCGGCCCCGAGGAGACCUGUGGCUGCACCACCAAGGUCAUCACCUACUAUGGCGCCCCGACUCUGGUGCCCGUCUCCUCCGUCGAGUCCACCACCACCCUGACCAGCACCGUUCACUCCACCAGCACCAGCACCGUGCUCGUCACCGUGACUCCCUCCGUGGCGGCCGUCUCCUCGUCGGCGGUUCCCUCCAGCUCCACCACUACCCAGGUGGUUCUGCCCACUCCCGCUGUCACCAGCUUCUCCUCCACCGGUGUCUACACCAUCCCGGCCACCACCCUGACCGUGACCGACACCACCACCGUCUGCGGUGCCACUUCCACCGAGGUUGCCAGCGGUACUCACACCAUCGGCGGUGUCACCACCGUCGUCGAGACCGAGACCGUCAUCACUUGCCCCUACGCCACCGUCAAGCCCACCGGCACCACCGUGACCAGCGUCAUUGAGACCACCACUUACACUUGCCCCGCCGCUGGUACCUACACCGUGGUCCCCGGUACCGUGACCACCGUGCCCACCAGCACCGUGAUCGUCUACCCCACCCCCCAGACCAUCACCCCCGGUACCUACACUCAGACCGAGACCGUCGUCACCGUCACUCGCACUGACUACACCUACGUCUGCCCCUAUGCCACCAGCGGCCUGGCCAGCACCACCGCCCCGGCUGCUACCACUGCCGCUGCUGCCACUACCGCCGCUUCCGUUGCCUCUUCCUCCACCAGCUCUGCUGCUGCUGCCUCCAGCUCCAGCACCUCCAGCUCUGGUGUCACCGGUGCCGGCCAGUACGGUAUGACCUUCUCCCCCUACACCUCCGCCGGUGCCUGCAUGUCCCAGUCCGAGGUCACCUCCAACCUCAAGGUCAUCAAGGAGAAGGGCUUCACCCUCGUCCGUGUCUACUCCACUGACUGCAACGGUCUCGAGUACAUCGGCUCUGCUGCCAAGGAGCUCGGCAUGAACCUGAUCUUGGGUGUCUACAUUAGCAGCUCCGGUACCUCCGGCGCUCAGGAGCAGGUUGAGGCCAUUGCCAAGUGGGCUCAGUGGAGCAUGGUCGAGCUGAUCGUGGUCGGUAACGAGGCUGUCUCCUCCGGCUACGCCUCCGCUUCCGCGCUCGCCAGCUUCAUCACCUCCUGCAAGUCCACCUUCAAGGCCGCCGGUUACACUGGCAAGGUAACCACCACCGAGCCCAUUGAUGUCUGGGAGCAGUACGGUGCCUCCACCCUGUGCAGUCCCGUCGACAUUGUCGGUGCCAACAUCCACCCCUUCUUCAACUCUCAGGUCACCGCCGCCAAGGCCGGUGAGUUCGCCCUCUCCGAGUUCAAGAUCCUCGAGAACCUGUGCAACAAGGACGUGGUCAACUUGGAGACUGGCUGGCCCAACGCUGGUGACGCCAACGGUGCCGCCGUCCCCGGUACUGCCGAGCAGGAGACUGCCAUCAAGUCGAUCGCUGCCGCUCUCGGCUCCAAGUCCAUCUUCUUCUCUUACGCCGACGAUGACUGGAAGUCCCCCGGCUCUUUCAACGUGGAGCAGCACUGGGGCUGCGCUUCCGUCUUCUAAGCAGCGCCAUGCCAUAUUGAUGGGUUGAUCUCGUGCUAGCCACAACGACCAUCCCCCUUUUGUUUGUUAAAAUCUUUGUACAGGAGGAAUUAAGGAGUUUCUUUUAUUAUCACGUUCAUCUCUGCCUAUUCUUCUCUUGCGAGUUGUGUAAUUGGCCCGUCAUGGGCCGGUCUCCUUCUCCUGGUGGGCUUGUCCGGUGUGGUUUCUUUUCCAGGAGGUUCCCACCUUCCAACGCUAGCCUGAUUGUCUUCUCCUGUCUAUUAUCUUGGACGCUUACGUGGUAGAUAUACCUUUUUUUUUUUAUUCGACGUUGUCUACUGGCCCGGGUUGCAUCUACUCGAUUUCGUUGUUCUAUCUUUUGCCUUGUCUGUAUAUCUUUAUUGAUGCAUUUUAUGAACGGUAGUUCUUGACUUGUUGUAACCGCAUAUAUUCCUGGCGAUCUCGUAUUGACCCGACGACAUGCCUCUUACCCCAACGCAACGUUGCCAAAUACUAUGCUGCUCGAUGCCUUGGGUCCACUGAUCCACCCCGAAGCUAUCUCAUGACGAUCAAUCCCAGAGAGCUGAACAUAGAUCCACCACUCCUCCCUCUAUACAAACAUCAUGUUCACUUCUCACACACCCCCAGAAACUCCAUCAAAUAAGGAAAAAACCUCUCCACAUCCUCCCAAAACGGCUCCAUCCACAUAAUCCAAAUUAAUAAACGGAUCCUCCACCCCAUUCACAACAGAAAACACCACCCCCUCGUCCCCUCUAGCUGCCUCGUCUUCAACAACACCGACUUGAUCAACGCCCCCUCCGGCCGCAAACGUCACGAACAUGGUUUCUCUCGAGACACCGUCCGUCCGGGCCACGGCAUCAACCUGCCAGCUCUCAAAGGGCGGUCCCGUAAUCGCGGUAGCGAACAUACAGAUUUCAUCAGUAGUAAGGGUAUCUUUGCUAGCAAGGGGCAGCGCCGGACAGGGCGGGUCUUUAGUGAACGCUCGUGCCACUUGGGACCGGGUGUAGCUAGGUGGUGUCCCGACCAGCAUGACACCCUUGAUAUCAAUUUCUGUUUCCAGCGUGGACCCUGACGUUGACUUCGAGUCUAACUUCGACGUUGACGACGGGUUUGACCGGAUAAGAGAUAACAUCUCGAGAGCGACGUGGCCGCCUAAACUCCACCCCAACACCGAAAAGCGAUGUACGUCUAGCGUAGUCAGGAGAUCGAGUAUACACCCCGCGUACCCGUGCAUCGUGUAUACAUCGCCCGGUGUAGAGGCGUCAUCGGAGCAUCCGUGGCCGGGCAGGUCGAGGGCGAGGACGCGGUGGGUUUGUGUUAGCGGGGUGGAUGUUAGGAGGGGGUGCCAGAUUCGGAUGCAGGAGCUGUUUCCGUGGAUGAGGAGGAGGGUUGGCUUGGGAGUGGGAUGAGGGGGUGUAUUGGAGGGGGAGGGGUUGGAGUCGAGGAUGUAGAUUUGGCCUGUUGGUGUGGGGUGGUGGUAUGUUCUCAUCGUUGGGGCUUGUGGGAAUGCAAGCGUGGGAUUCAUUGCGGCUUGUAUUGUGGAUUAUGUUAGGUGUUAGGGAGGACCUGGAGAGGAUGGAGGUGUAGUAAAAUUAAACCUCUGAGGGUAGCCAUUAAUGGCGUAAUUCUGGCAAGCUCUAUAGGAAACAGUCGCUUUCCUGCUACAUUAGCUUACUCACUUCCAAUAAGCAUCGGCAGCUACCUUCUCUAGCGCGUAGUAUUCGGGAUCUUAUAUAUUG